UAAUAGCCGUUGCUGGUGGAGAAUUAUAUACGCCCCUUUAUAGUGAGAAGACGAUAAAAUCGCCCAUUACCUGCUAUUUAAGAGUGAUUUAAGCUGUCAAUAGAAUCGUUACAUGUGCAUUUCUUUCUUUAAACAUAAUUAUUUUUUGCUUGUAUCCAAAUGGAGUGUGAUCUUAAAUAAAUAAGUAAGUGAUAUAAACUAUUAAAAUAUCGGAUUUUUUUUCAGAAAAAGAAUUACAUAUCCGGUUUUUUGUAUUAAUUUUCAUUGAAAUGGAAAAAUUAUUUUUAUAUUUAUCUGAUGAAGCGACGAAUAUACAUGUACAAGUGUUACAAACAUAUACGAAAUAAUCAAAUCGAGUCAAGUGUCUCAUCCUAAUCGAAGUGUGAAUAUUAUUAUCAGCGAACUAUUUAAAGACGGAAGCUUAUGACUCAUUUGGACUUUACUUGAUUUAUGCAUGAACUAAUUCCAAGAUCCUCAUACAUUAUAUAAUAUUAUCUCUUCUUUUCAGAAUUUAGUUUUAACGUAUAUAAAUAGCUUUGUACAAAAUUAAUUUUCUCAAAAGUUCAUUAAUAAGUUGAUUGAAUUAUCCUUCUUGGUCAUAAUAAAUGUGUUGAUGAUGACUAAAUUUUUUUUACAUUUGUGAAUAGUGAAUUUCACGAAUGUAAAGUCCAAGUUCGGACACAUUUCCAGUCGAGCGUGAGUCGACUGUCAGAUUGUACGCACAGACGUUGGCCCCGUGACUCGCAACGUGGCCCGUCGAUCUAUUCGUGCGUUCCUGCACAUCGUAGCCGCGCUUCUAGAUAUUCCAGAGUUCAUGUCUGCGGCAUUGGUGUUGGUAGCAGUGCGCCGCCGAGUCAGUGUUCAAUGUGUCGUGCGACAAACAACAACGUCGGGACUGGGCGAGCAGCCGUUGUCGUAGCCAUCGCUUCAAUAAGCAAGCAUUGAUACGUCGAAGAAGUAGCACGUACGCUCGCGCGAGGGAACGCGUUAAGUCCGAUCGCGUAACGUCGAGUGUCGUCGCAACGAUAGUGCAUCAUCCUCGUCGUCCGUCCACUCAUCGCCUAACGAUGCAUCGCGCGCAUCACGUCCGCGACGACGGAGCCGCGAUCGACGCGCGUUGUUGGGCGUAGCCGGCGGCAGCGAGAAACGACAGGAGCGUGCGUGUGUGACAAAAACCUGUGGGAACACUGUCACGGUCGCUGCCAUUGCGAGUGAGCGAGCAGGCGGGACCCAUACUCUCGGUGCACCCGUACUCGUGUAAGAGAAUAUAGUGACGCGGGACACAAGCGCGUCGCUCUUCUUCCGUCUCUUUUCAACCCGCGGCCUUCGUUCCCGGCCGCCGCGAUAUUUCCGCGCGCCGUGGCUUAAAAAAUUCAACGGGCCUAGGACGACUAGAAGAACGAACGAGUGAAACGUGCGAGGAAUGUCGUCGUAGCACUGUACAACUCGUGGCCGAGGUCUCGGAUUCUGAGCGCGAGGUGAAGCUCCAGCAUGGCCAGCAGAUGACUGUUAGCCGAGCCGGUGCUCGUACUCGACUCUAAUAUGAGCGAAGUAGUGGCAGUAACGCCGACUGGUGGACCUACGCGCCAGGAAAGCGUGACACACAUCAAGCGCCAUAAGCUGGCCAGCUGUAAUGUUCCUCUCGUGCACGGUCGGCCGAAUCCGUCGAUCAGUCCACGUAGCAGACUGACCACGCAUCAACGAAAUCACAGUUUGGACUUCAGAUCAAUGGGUAUCCUACUACCACCGGUGCCUCAGGCGGCCGCAACGACGUUGACGCACCAUCACAGGAACCGAAGUCUGGAUUCCGCUUUGCAACGGAUUCCAGAGGUGGACGUGACACCGAGCCCGGAAUGUGAGAAUCCUGCCCCUUCAUCAGUCUCUAAGACGACUACGGUAUCGUCGUCGUCGUCGUCGUCGGGGCCAUGCGGGAAGAGCGCUCGCACCGCGCGGGAACGCGAGGAUUUGGCCAGUCUCGGUUCUGACGAUUCCGGCAUCCUCUGCGGUUCCGAUAGUGGCUCAAGUGACGCCACAAAUGCGCCCGCCACCAGAGAAUCCAGCGUAGAUCAUUUGCACAGCCGCGAGAGCCUCGAUUCAUCCGUAUCACAGCCAGGGGACUCGGUAUAUUCGAUCGAUGUGGUAGACGGUAUGGAGAACAGUGCCGGUAUAGUGUCAGUGUCGAUGUCAGUGCCAGUGUCACCCAUAGAACUAUCCACGUGUCUCAGUGAUAAUCCUAUGUCUCCCGUAUCUCCCAAUGAUGAGACCAACGAUCGUAAUUGUCCGCGAUCGUACAAUGACACGAACGUUAUUGGGGAACUUUGCUCGCAAGAAUUGCGAAUAAGUAAUGCGAACGUGCGAGAACGUACGUAUGGUGACGAUUAUCAGCAUCAGGAACGCGCCGAAAUCUAUCAAAGCGCUAUAACACAAGUAACGUCAUCACCGCCGUCCGUAGCUAAUAUGAGCCAGAAUGAGUUGGCCGGAGCGGCCAUGACUCUUUGCUGCGGUACGACUGCGACACAGCAACAGGAAACUGAGACGGUGAAGAAGCAACCAGAUGUUAUCCGUCGACAGCAACAAGAAACGAAACAACCAAAACCAUCAGAAGGCUGUCUGUUGCGACUCUUUGAAAGUCAAAUAUUCGAUAUGUCCAUGGCUAUUUCCUAUCUGUUCAAUUCGAAAGAACCCGGCGUUCAGAGUUAUCUAGGUAACAAGAUGUUCAGUUUUCCGGAUAACGAUGUGGACUUUUACUUACCGCAGUUAGUUGUGAUGUAUAUACAACUUCAUGAUAUAACAGAAGUUCUUUAUCCAUAUCUUGUCCAUAGAUGUAGACAAUCGGCAGAUUUCUCGUUAAAAUGUGCCUGGCUGCUAGAUGCGUACAGUUCCGAUGCUCAUUUACCAUCAAAGAAGAAGUCUCAUGGGACCAAAUUGAAAAAUCUUAUUCUGUCAGAUGAACUCAGGCCAAAGGGAAAUGAGAAUCGAAAGCAGCGUGUAGCUGGAUUGCAAGUUCCUGCACCAUCACCAUUGCCCUUGGCGCAAAAUCUUACGUCGCCAAAUAAAAAAACUCACCAAAGAUCUCAGUCCGACGCUACUGGAUUGUUUCAGACUAUACGCCGUAGUCAUUCCGGUAUAAUAAAUAAAGUAAGUCUUGGGGACCUGAGCUCUGGCCGAGCGUUUGACAAUGGUUGUACCUGCUUUUAUUCCUGCCAAGGUGUGGUGAACGAUUUGCGAGGUCAAAAAACAGAUUGUUUUUGCAAUGCACCUCGACUCGCGCCAGAAUUCGAAUUUAUUCAAGCGUUAAUAUCAAUUGGUAAAUUGCUCGGGACUAUCCCAACAAAGGAAAGUAAAACUGUUCAAUUAGUAGCAGAACUCAACACACUUAAUUUGAAUCUCCCUGCAAGGGUGUGGUUGCCUUUGCAUAGUACAAUACCCCAUCAUAUUGUACGAGUUCCACCACAGUAUGCUGCUGUUCUUAACAGCAAGGACAAGGCACCCUAUAUAAUAUAUGUGGAGGUAUUAGAAGUGGAGGAUUUAUAUACAUCGCCUGUGCCAACAAAAAUAAUGGGCAGUUCAUUGAGGCAUACCAAGUCCGAGGAAAACUUAACGGGCAGCGAGCAAUCCAACAUAUCCACUUCUGAUAGUCAGCAAAAUUUAGCGGUGCGACAGACACCCGUAAAAAAUAUCUCGCCUUACUCCGUUAGGAAUACAGAUGUGACCUUUAAUUUUCCUGACGAUGAUCCUAACGAUUGUUGGAGUCAGGAGGAUGACGAGAUUACGCAGCAGUAUCUACAGCUUCGUAAGCCAAAAGAUCGAGACACCAUAUCGCAAUUGAGUCAAGAAUCGUCCGACAGUAGAGAACCGAUCUUCGUACCGGGCGACAUUAAGAGAAGAUUGAGUGAAAUGGCAGCUACGCCCAGCGCGACUUUUAACCAUGAUCCCGAGGAUCCAUCGGCGGCGGUCCUUAAGGAGCCGUGGGAGCAAAAGCAACGACGCAUAAGAACUUCCAGUCCGUAUGGGCAUUUAGCGUCUUGGAGAUUACUCGCCGUAAUCGUGAAAUGUGGUGAUGAUCUUAGACAGGAACUUCUCGCCUCACAAUUACUUUCGAUGUUGCAAAAAAUUUGGCAGGAAGAACGAGUGCCGCUUUGGGUGCGACCAUACAAAAUACUAUGUUUGUCCAACGACAGUGGUCUGAUUGAACCGAUCCUAAACACCGUCUCGCUCCAUCAAGUGAAGAAGCAGUGCCAAUUAACGCUUUUCCAAUACUUCGAACGAGAGUUCGGCCCUUCUACCUCAAAGACGUUCCGCAUGGCGCAGAGAAACUUUAUUCAGAGUUGCGCUGCGUACUGCCUGGUCAGCUAUCUUAUUCAAGUGAAAGACCGUCACAAUGGCAAUAUUCUGUUGCAUAGCGACGGUCAUCUAAUUCACAUAGAUUUCGGUUUCAUUCUCUCGACUUCGCCAAGAAAUCUGGGUUUCGAGACUAGUCCAUUUAAAUUGACGCCGGAAUUCGUCGAAGUGAUGGGCGGCAAUCAAUCCAAAUUCUUCGAAGAAUUUAAGAGUUUGAUUCUUCAAGGUUUAAUCGCGGCACGGAAGCAUAUGGAGAAAAUAGUCAAUCUUGUUGAGAUCAUGUUAUCGGGUUCUCAACUCCCAUGCUUUCGUAGUGGUGGGGCGGCGACUGUUCAAGGUCUCAAGAAUAGAUUCCAUCUCACGCUAACAGAAGAUCAAUUGCGUCGACAUGUUGAGGAUUUGGUAGAAGGCAGCAUUCAUUCGUGGUCCACUAAACUCUAUGAUCGAUAUCAAUAUUUCGCAAACGGCACUCUUUAAUAUCAAGAUUAAUAAUCCUCUCUGUCUAAUACGUUUUGACUGAAACUAUUUUUUCGUAAGAUUGAAAAAAAGACAUUAAUCUUAUCAUCAACGUGUUGUGGUACUUCUUCCACACAAUUUUUACGUACACUUAAUUGCGGAAUCGAUCAAAUGCUCAAAAUGAGUAUACUGACCAAUAAGUGUACUCUCAAAUCAGUCUGCCGCAUCGGGAAACCUGUUUUGUAUUAUAAUAUCGCGUGAUAACAGAUAAAGAUAAUUAUACAUUGCUGUUUAUUUUAAUUCGCGUUAUAAAUAUCUCCGCAGUUUAAUUUAAUAAAAGCUUUUGCUUAAAUUAUGUUAUACUGUGAAAGACAGCUUCUAUCAUUUCAAUAUGCAAAUAAAGAAUAAUUUCGGUGAAUAUAACGGAUGCACGAACCGACGGGAAAAAAGACAAGACAUUCUUUUUAGGCAUGUGAGCUAAUUUCGAUUGGGCACAGCGCUGUUUUGCAUUCCACAAGCACAAAUGACGCUUAGAGUGGAAAAAUCGCUUUCCUCUUGAAUAUGUAGACAGCCUCGAUGAGGCUAGACAUAUAGAAAAUUCGGAUAGAUCAUUAUUCUUCGAGUUUUACAUUAUUCCUUACUUUCGUGGUGAGUAGAAAUGAUAUAAAAUAUUUUUAGCAAAAUUCAAAUCGAUCUCAUCGGCAUUUGAUAAAUUAAAAAAAAAACCUCAAUUAAAGUAAUGGAAUAUGAAUGUUUUAAGAGAACUUAAAUUGGUUUAGCGAGUAAUGUGAGCGCUUCGUUGAAAUUUAAAAAUAUUUAUCGUCGUUUGAAUUGAGUAAAAUGAAAGAAGGAAUAAUCUCUAUGAGAAUUUUGGUAUCCAGUUGAUUAUAUAUAUCUACUAUAUAUA